UUGGGCCGAACUUUGAAAGAAAUUCGAAUAUUUUUACAUAAAUAAAAUAAAAAAAAUAAAAGGGGAAUUUUUGUAUCGCUCUAUAUCAGAUUACUACAGCGAUCUACUUACUUGAUUGUUACGUUUUAUCUCCUCGAAAAAAAACCAUAGGGAAACUAAUACCAUUACAUAGAGUUACCCAAUUCAAAUUCCUCUAUCAUUUCCUUUUCCUCUCCUCAUUUUUGGUUUAUGUAAAUUGAUCCAAUUUGUUCUUCCACCUCUCCAUUAUUUUGCUGCAAUAGUUGAUUUGUUGUUAUAGAGUGAGAUCUUAGUAUAUAAAAUGGGGAGUUUUAUGUGCAGGAAAAAUGAGGCAUGUUUCAUACAAGGUGUUUGUGCAAUUGUCUCAAAGGGGAAUUGGUCCAAUUUAUCAACUACUCAUGUUGCCAAUUCCUUUAACACCUCGAAUGUGACCCAAAUUUUGCUUGAAUUAUCAGCAGAUACUUCUCUAUCAUGGUUAUUUUUCAAAUGGGUUCAAUCCCUACCUCACUAUAAUCACUCCCUCGAACCGAAUUGGACCAUGGUCCAUCUCCUUGCCAAGAACCGGCAAUUCAAAGCCGCGUGCCAGUUGCUCGAGAAAUUUGCUGUGAAGGACUUGGUUUCGUCCCCUUCGGUGCUUGGCGCUUUAUUGGCGAGUUAUAUUGAUCGCGAUUCAAACUCGCAAAUCUUAAGUUGGCUCGUGAUUAUUUGCGCUCGAUCGAAGAUGAUACAUGAUGCGUUGGAAGUAUUUCGACAGAUGAAGGAUAGUGGGUUGCGGCCGGAUCAGCAUGCCUGCAAUGCUCUUUUGAGUUUGCUGGCGAAGAGUAGACUUACUGCUACCGCAUGGAAAGUGUUCGAUGAAAUGCUUCAGAUCGGGGUCGCGCCAAAUACCCAUGUUUUCAAUGCUAUGCUUCAUGUUUGCUUUAAGUCGGGUGACGUUGACAAAGCCGAUAAAUUGGUGAGCCGGAUGGAUUCCAAGGGUGUUCCCCUCGAUCUCUUUUCGUACAAUACACUAAUCUCAUUGUUCUGCAAGAAAGGAAUGCAUUAUGAGGCUUUGGCUACUCAGGAGCGAAUGGAAAGGGAAGGGAUUCAUCCGGACGUCGUAACUUAUAAUUCAUUAAUCAACGGGUUUUGUAAGGAAGGGAGGAUGAGAGAUGCAUUUAGGCUAUUCAAGGAAAUCAAGGGUGUCGAACCGAAUCAUGUAACUUAUACUACCCUUAUAGAUGGAUACUGUAGAGUGAAUGGCCUUGACGAAGCACUUAGACUAAGAGAAGAAAUGGAGGCAAAAGGAUUGUAUCCUGGGGUGGCGACCUAUAAUUCAAUUAUACGUAAACUUUGCGAGGAAGGUAAAAUGAAAGCCGUUAAUGGUCUUCUAAAUGAGAUGGAUGAGAGAAAAGUUCAGCCCGACAACAUCACAUGUAAUACUUUGAUCAAUGCUUAUUGCAAGAGAGGAAACAUGGGUUUUGCAUGGAAACUCAGGAAUAAGAUGUUGGAGUCGGGGCUUCCGCUAGACCAGUUCACCUACAAGGCUCUAAUUCAUGGCUUUUGUAAGGCCCAGGAGCUAGAUGAGGCGAAGGAAGUUCUUUUUAAUAUGCUGGAUGCAGGGUUUUCUCCCAACUACAGUACAUACUCGUGGAUUGUGGAUGGUUACUGCAACCAGAAUAAAGCAGAUGCAGUACUAAGCCUUCCUGAAGAACUUAUCAGAAGAGGCCUUCUUGUGGAUAAGUCUGUUUAUAGAGCUUUAAUUCGAAGAUUAUGUAAACGAGGACUAGUGGAUUACGCCCAAAAGAUAUUAAUCCAAAUGCAUGGGAAGGGCUUAUUGGGCGAUAGUCUUGUAUAUGCGACUCUUGCUUUUGCUUACCUGAGUGCAGGGAAACCGAUUGCGUCUUCCGAGGCAUUAGAUGAGAUGGCCAAGAAGAAGCUGGUCAUAACUGCUCGGAUAUACAGCUGUCUCAGUGCUUCUUAUGCCAACGAGAACGAUAUGCUAGAGUUGCUUUGGAAUCAUGCGAGUGAAAAGGGCCUAAUUGCAAAGAAUGUCUAUAAGUUGAUGCAGCAAUCUGGGUUGAAUUUUUGCAGCUAUGUAUAGAGAUAAUCAUAGCAUGAAGUUUGUCAUCCUUCAGUGUAAGUUCUGGAAAGCAGCAAAUGCCCUAUCAACUAAUGAGGUGCUUUCCAAGUCCAUGGACUCGAGAAUCUCGCUGCAUAACACAGUUAGUUGGCAUGACUUGAUAUAUGUGCAUGUAAUUUCAUGGCUCACCAAGUGCUGUCAAGUAAUGCUGUGUGAAGAUAACACAAUUUAUGUUAUAUCCUGUCCAGAAACUUCCUGUGGCAACAGCAGCAGAAGCUUCAAGCUGAGGUUCAUUUUGCGGUUCAAUACCCAUUCUAGCAUUCAUCUGUACCAAAAGCUCCAGACAACUUCGCCAAACACCUCGCUUUUGCUUUUCAGAGUGGAAAAGCAGUUACAGAUGCUAGCAGAACAGGCACUAUGAUUAGUUUCAUGAAGAUCAUGCUCCUUUUGCUUCUCUUCUACUGUAUUGAGAGAAUCUUCUCAUAAUGAUUUUGUAGAAUUUCUGUAUUGAUACAUAGGAAUAUGAAAAGAGAAUUCAAAAACAACUUUUGGUGUUUUCUUCAACAUGAUCCGAGGUGUUCGAUUACAGGGAUGUCCAUUUUAUUGAAAUACAAAAUCAAUGUCAAAAAACAUAUGUCAUUAAGCACUUCUGAUCCUCGAUGCUUUGCCUUGUUGAAAUCUUUAUGCAAAUUACUCAUGGUACAACUAUGUAAUAGUUUAAAUUAUGUAAGAAAUAUAUAGUAUCUACU